CUGCCCAAAUCCAGCUCACCAGCUGUCUUCUCUCUCUCCCUCUCUCUUUCUCUCUUUCUCUCUCUCUCUCUCUCUCUCUCUUACAUUCUCUCUCUCUCUUACUUCCUCUCCCGAAACUAUCUUCCACAAAACACAUCUCUUAUAAAAGGAGAGGUUGUUUGUUGAUCCUCAUCCAUACAGCAAAAAAAAAAAAACAUCCUCAUUAACCCUCCUACUCAAUUACGGUCACAAUCACCAUAGCGAACAAAAAAUAUUGCUACGGUCUUUCUUUCUCUCUCUAUUUGCAACAUUUCCAUGAGUGCUGCUUCGCCCAUUGCGGUCGAUAUAAGGAUGGAAGAGCUUGUGGGUUCAUUAUUGACGGGGGCGUCCAUGAUCCUGACCAUCCAUUCACUCUCCCGGAUGAUCUUCUUGAGACGGACCGGAUCAAAAUAUCAUCUUUUUCCGAUCAUCAACAUCACUCAGUUGGUGAACCAACUCUGUGUUUUCUUCUUGAUGACCAUCCCCUUCGGGACCGUUUCCUUCCAAGCGGCCCUUUGGUUAAAUGUGAUCAACAAUAUUGCGUAUUUCAUCACGAAGCCCGUGACAAUGUAUCUGGCCUACUUGCGAUGCUCAGCUGUGUUUCCCUCGUUUCGGAAACUGGAUUGGUUACAUUAUCUCCUGAUUGGCUUCCGAGCUCUGGAGUUGUUCAUGAUUGUGAUUGUGAACAUCCUUCAAAACUAUUGGUGUAAUGGAUCGGUCGCCGAGGGAACCCGAUGUGAGAAGUUGGCAAUCGCAUGGUUGUUUCGAGAUGCUGGGGCCCCUGUGUUCCGAUUUUACUAUAUUGUCUGUGAGGGGAUUUUUUAUGUAGUCUUGUUCAGGACCUUGACAGGGAUGAGCUCGGGCAAGAAGAACACACAGUUGGUUCAAUACCGUCGAUUACAGACCACGUUGUUCACAGUAGAUUUGGCCUUGUUGUUGUUCAUGUCGAUCUAUCGGAUCAUUGGUAUCUUUGACAAGACUCUACCGACUUAUGUCUACUAUGAGUUGUUUUCCUCCACCUUGACCAUCUUUAACCUCACAGAGUUUGGUCUCAAUAUCCGGAUCCUUUUCAACACUGUCACGGAUCCAAAGGCCGGAUCUGACCAUCAUUCCAGUAGCCCAAGCAAACUUGAAAUGGGUUCGAUCCAUCGUAAUGACACUGCUAGUGGCAGUCGCAGUGGCAUUAGGAUUGGUAACGAUAAUAGUAAUGGUAAUGGUAGCGGCAGUCCUGGGGGCAGUGAUGUUGGCCUAGGCAUGGGUAUGAGCAUGAGUUCGAGUACGGCUGCUGCAACAACGGCCGGGGCAGGGUCUUUCAAUGGUGUACGAUGCUACGAUCGCCCCAUUGGUCGGAAAGGCAGUAGUGAUUCUCUUCCCAAGAGACACAACUCCACGUCAGCCUUGACGUCCCAUAUAGCCGACACUGGUUAUUAUAGUGAUUAUGAUGCUACAGCGGUAUCAACACCUUAUCAUCAAUCACCUCGAAGCCAACCUGCAAUUGCCAUCACACCGAUCCAAGAGUAUGAUGAUUUCAUGCCUCUUGGAAACUUGUUCGGAUCACCACUACCAUCACGACCUUCCAUAUUAACAACAACAGCAACAGCAGCAACAACAGCAACAACAGCAACAACAGGUGCCUUUAUUGCCCAUCCAUCUUCACCAGUAUCAACGGAUAGUGCAUCACGAUCUCCUACACUUUCAAUGUCAAUGUCUGCUGGUGGAGGGUUUAGGACUAUCUCUGGCAGUACUGGUAGUAGCAGUACUAGAGGUGAUGGUGGUGGUAGAAGUAGUCAUGGUGGCCCUAGCAGUGAUGGUAAUUCAAUGUCCCAGGACAAACACAUCAUCACCCCUAUCGCCUUCCAAAACCAAGCUCAGGAUGGGUUCCAUGACUUCAAUGGCCUCAACAGGACGGCCGAAGGCAAUUGGAGGAAUAGUGAAGUGACAAGGCCAAUCAAAGCACUAACAUCUGAUUCGAUAUCGAUAUCGCGACACGUCUAAAUAUACAGACAUACACAUACAUAUGCAUAUAUACACACAUCUCAUUUCACAUAUACUUUAUCUUUAUUUUAAAAUACCUUAAUUUUGUAUAGCUCCACUUCACUAAACACAUGUUUAUCAUUAUAGCUUCCAUUCGUUUAUUAUUA